AACAAAAAGCCAAAAGAAAAAGAAAAAAAAAAGUAAAAUUGCGAUAAUUUCAACAAAACAAAUUUUUUAUUAAAUGAGGGCGUUGUAUGAAGCCGAUUAUAAUAUCUUUGUGUAAAGGCUACAUAAAACUCCAGUUGGUCCAACAAUCAACAUCAUCCCUACAGGGGUUUAAAUAGGCAAAAGUACACCCGGCGACCCGUAGCAUCCAAACGGAAGCAACAGCACAGACGGCAUUGGCGCCAGCAGAAAACGGCAUAAGAAAGCGCCACAACAAAAAAAAACAAGGUGUGGACGGCAGGAAAAAGGACGCGAGCAGAAGUGGUACAGUCCCACAAAAAUAGCACAGGUGGUACCCAUUUAAACGAAUCUCCAGCACCAAGAUGGAACUCAACCAGUGCCGCCUCUGUUGCCGCUAUCAUCCGCUGCGCUUCUGCCGUGCACUUCUUGCCAUGACGUCUGACGAACGAUAUGAGUCCGCGCGCAUACAUGAAUACUGCAUAAAUGGCCUGGCGACGUCGCACUCAACCAGCGCUUGCAACUCAGCCGACAGCUGUCACCGGUGUGGGAAAGCCCACCACACAGUACUGCAUCGCUCCACGAUAUCGCCGCCUGAGCGCAACCGCCGGGAUGACUCAAGCAAACUAGUCCGCCGUAGACGACCAUCGCUCGCCAGCCGAGUUGUCAAAAAACCAGCCAAGCAAACCCAGGGUGGCCGCAAUCUUGCUCACCGACGCAUCCGCGAGUUAUUUAGCCGCGCCGUAAUGACCCUCGAGAAGCUUCAAGGGUUACUUCACCUAGCACCGGUGCAGGCGGGCCGGCAUGUCGAGGACAUGGGUAACCUCAUCGACUUCGACGACUAAAUUAUAUGAAUUUGUUAUUUAAUCGGCGUGCGGUGGCAACGCCUAAUUUUAUACCAUUUUGAAAUGAAUUUAAAUUUGUA